AUGCCUUGCCCUCUUGCAUAUGCCCAUAUGUCUCCUUCUGUGUUAGCCAGUACUGCCAUUCUCCUAGGAUGUUUAUGGCUAUAUGCAUAUUACAAGUCCAACCAUGAUCACGGCAAACUGCCGCCCGGUCCUCGAGCUCUGCCGUUCCUAGGCAGCCUCCACAUGUUAGGGAACCUACCACACUUGACCCUGGCAAAAUUAGCCCAAAAAUAUGGCCCCUUGAUGUCAAUAAAGCUAGGCUCUGCUACAGCCAUUGUUAUCUCAUCACCUGACUAUGCUGAGCUAUUUCUUAAGACCCACGACCCUGUUUUCGCUUCCCGGCCGGACGCCGAAGCUGCUAUGUACUUAUCCUAUGGUGGCAAGGGCAUGGCCUUGACCCCAUAUGGUUCAAAUUGGCGUAACGCUAGGAAAUUGUGUCACACUAACCUUCUUUGUGCGUCAAAAGUAGAAUCCUCUACACAAAUAAGGAGAGAAGAGCUUGAAAUGUUUGUGGGUUCAGUUAGAAAAUCAGCAAUGGCGCAAGAGGUGGUGGACUUGACUGAAAAAGUGAGGGAAUUGAUAGAGAACAUGAUUUUUAGGAUGCUUUUUGGGCAUAAAAUUGAUUAUCACAGGUUUGAUGUGAAGAUGCUCAUUGAGGAGGCCUCUUUCUUUGCAGGAGCUUUCAACAUAUCAGAUUUUAUGCCUUACUUAGGUGCACUUGAUCUUCAGGGUAUGAAACAACGUAUGGGGGCAUUUAGCAAAGCCAUGGACGAGUUCCUAGAGAAGAUAAUAAGUGACCAUGAGCAGGAUCCUCAAAGAGACCAAAAUCAACAUGGGAGUAGCUUCAUUGAUGUUUUGCUUUCCUCAAUGAACAAACCUCUCAUGAACCCUAAUGAUCGUAAGCAGUCCGAAUAUAUAAUCGAUCGAGAUAGUAUUAAGGCUAUCAUUAUAGACAUGUUUAUUGGAGGAUAUGACAGUACAGCCACUUCAAUUAUGUGGGCAAUCUCAGAACUCUUUAUGCAUCCAAGGGUGAUGAAAUGUCUUCAACAAGAAUUACAAAAUGUCGUCGGAACGAAAAGAAUGGUGGAGGAGACAGAUUUACCAAAACUAACUUAUCUUGAUAUGGUGCUAAAUGAAAGCUUCAGACUCCAUCCAUCUGCACCAUUGUUAUCGCCCCGCGAAGCAAUGGAAGACAUCAAGAUCAACAAGUACUACAUACCGAAGAAAUCACGCAUCGUGCUGAAUACUUGGGCGAUCGGAAGAGAUGUAAGUGCAUGGUCAAGUAAUGUGAAUGAGUUCUUGCCAGAGAGGUUCAUGGAGGACAAUGUAGAUGUGAGGGGACGCGAUUUCCGGGUUCUCCCAUUUGGUUCGGGACGAAGAGGGUGCCCAGCAAUAAAUCUAGGGUUAACCAUCACCAGACUUGUUGUGGCACAACUUAUGCAUUGCUUCAAUUGGGAGCUCCCAGAAGGGAUGUCACCAAGUGACUUGGACUUGAGUGAAAAAUGUCGCCUCUCGUUCCCUAGAGUGGCUCGCGUGCAUGCUGUUCCUACCUCUUAUCGCAUUAUGUGCGAGUAAUUAACAUCUUUUCAGACAAGUAAUCACAUUGAUGUCCAUAUAUAAUAAGUGAUGAGGAGUUCUUGUUAAUGGUUACUCGUGUGCGGCUUCCUUUCAAUAAGAUGUUGUAAAAAUGUU